AUGGAAGGUCUAUUGUACAAGUGGACUAAUUACAUAAAUGGCUGGCAGCUACGUUAUUUCUCUCUGCGAGAUGGAGUUCUUUCCUACUACAACUCAGAGGUGGAAGUUGGUCUGGGAUGUAAGGGUGCAGUGAAGGUAGCCGUCUGUGAAGUGAUAGUUAGCCCCUCAGAUAAUUGUCGAUUGGAUAUCCUCGAUCCUGGAACACAACGCUUCUAUCUGAGGGCUCGUACCCCACUGGAGCGUCAGAAGUGGAUAAUUGCCCUUGGCAGCUGCAAAGCCUUUUUGUCUUCGCCGGACAAUUUCCUCACUCCGGAGAUACGUAAGUGA